AUGUCCCGGCCCAGCAGCAAAGCCAUUUACAUGCACCGGAAAGAGUACUCCGGCAGCCUCGCCUCUGAGCCCAUCUACCUGCAGCACAGGGUGGAGCACCUGAUGACGUGUAAGCUGGGCAUUCGGGGGGUCCAGGACCCCAAAGACGCUCUGCAGAGGCUGCAGGAGAUGGAUGCUCAGGGCCGGGUGUGGAGCCAGGACCUGUUCCUGCAGGUCAGAGAUGGCUGGCUCCAGCUUCUGGACAUCGAGACCAAGGAGGAGCUGGACUCUUUCCACCUGGACAGCGUCCAGGCCGUGGACGUGGCGCCCAACGCCGGCUCUUACAACAACGUCCUGGCCGUCACCGUGCGGGAGUCGGGCCCACCAGGCAGCAGCACUCUGCUCUUCCAGUGCCAGGAAGUGGGGGCACAGCGACUGAAGACCAGCCUGCAGAAGGCCCUGGAGGAGGAGCGGGAAGGCAGCAGACCCCUAUUUGGAGCCCCUCACCAAGGCCAGGACAGGUGGCAAGGGACUCCUCCAGAAAGGCCACUCCCCAAGGAGCGGACACGCCCCCUGGAGCAGGGACCGCCUCCCGAAGAGCCCUACAGGAUGGCCAAAGAGCACAACACACAACCAUCCCCAAGGCCCCUGUCACGACAUCCCAGUGCCCGAGAACCGAGAGCCUUCCCUCCGCCUCCUCCAAGGCAGGCCCCAUCCCCCCCGGACCCAGCAAGGGACGAGGCGGUGCUGAACCACGUCCUAGCGGACAUUGAGCUGUUUGUGGGGCAGCUGAAGGAGGCCGAGGCAAACGCCUCUCAGAAGACAAAGACGAGACUGGGGAAGAAAAAAGACAAGCGGCAAGGGGGGGUGACACAGAUGCAGUACAUCGAUUGCUUCCAGAAGUUCAAGUACAGCCUCAACCUCCUGGGCAAGCUGGCCACCUAUCUGCAGGAUCCAAGUCCCAAUGAGCUGCUGCGCAUCCUCUUCCAUACUCUGAACUUGGUCCUCACCAAGUGCCCUGAGCGUGGCCUAGCGGCCCAAGUGAUCUCUCCGCUCCUCACCCGCGAAGCCGUCAACCUGAUGCAGCUCUACCUAAGCCCACCUGACAUUAGCCUCUGGGAGAGCCUGGGUGCGGCCUGGACCACCAGCCAGGACAACUGGACAGGCAAUGAACCACCUCCCUACCAACCCACAUUCUAUGAUGGUUGGCAGAUUCCAGAACCUUCCAACCAGGCCCUGGCAGGACACCAGGAUUCUACUUCCUUCCAGUGGGACAGGGACAGGGUCAGGUCAGGGGGUCCCUCAUCCUUGGCUCAAGAGGAGACAUGUAACCAUGGCCCCCGGUCUGGGGACCCCAACCUUGUGCCCUUCACCCCUAGACCUGUCAAGGAAGCUCUGAGAAUGCAAGUUGUACAUGAGUUUGAAGCUAGGAACCCAAAGGAGCUGACCGUGGGCCAGGGAGAGGUGGUGGAGGUUCUGGACCACAGCAAGCGGUGGUGGCUGGUGAGGGACAAGACCGGAGAGAGCGGCUACAUUCCCAGCAACAUCCUGGUAGCCCUGCAGUCGGACGCCAACGCGAGCCAGAGCCAGUCGCCCCCUUGGGCUCCAAUGCUUCGACUCAGCUCAAGGCCCGAGGAGGUCCGAGCCUGGCUGCAGGCGGAGAACUUCUCCACCGUCACGGUGAAGACCCUGGGGUCCCUGAUGGGGACCCAGCUGCUUCACAUGAGGCCGGGGGAGCUAGAGAUGCUGUGUCCCCAGGAGGCCCCGCGGGUCCUGGCACGUCUGGAGGCUGUCAGAAGGACGCUGGGGAUAAGCCCUUAGGCACCAACUCAGACGUCUCCAAGGCCAAGGCCUUCUCACAGCAAGAUGGAGGAUGCGCUGAGAAUUCCUCUUUCAGGCCCCCAGUUCGCAGCAAAGCCCCCACCCCACUCCCACAGCCAGGAGGACAAGCAAGCCCAGAGAUCAGGCGAAUGAUGUCCCCUCUUGCUGUGUGGGGAGCCCUCUCUAGUCACUAUCUAUUUAUUGUCUCUAUCCUAAGCAGGGAGCAUGCGUGGCUACAUUUGUCAGGAUUCUUUUUAGUCCCUCUCCGCACCCCUUCCCAAUAAAAGCAUCUUCAUUGGCAUGCCUCCCUUGCAGCUUCCUCUGGGCUGGAUGGGGGC